CAGUGGCGGCGUAAAUAUAUCUCUUCCCCUCCUGCGAUUACCCAAGCGACGGCAAUUCCUAUUCACCAUAUAAUAAUCCGUUCCUAAAUUAUAGGAAUCAGAUUAUUGAAACCCGAUUUGGGAUUUCCCGGUUCCGGUACUACUCAAUCUAACUGACUAUUUCCCAAAAAUCCCUAGCAAUUCAUUUUCUAUUUUAAAAACCCUAACACAUUUCCCCCAAAAAUCCCUAGAACUUUGUAGAGAACAAUUUUUCACUUGCCGGCAGCGACGGUGAUGAAGCGAGCGGCGGACGACGGGUUGACUAAGCCGGACGGCGCGAAGAAGCCGGUCUUCCUCACCAAAGCUCAGCGGGAACAGUUAGCUCUUCAGAAGCGGGAGGAAGAAGUCGCCGAACAAAAACGCCGUGCUGAGCAACUGCUGCUUCAAACCCAUCGUCCUUCUUCCGCUGAUGGCUCUAAACCCUCCUCCGAUAGGGAUAGGGAUCGGGAUAGGGAUAGGGAUAGGGAUAGGGAUAAGGAUCGUGAGAGGGAGAGAGAUAGAGAAAGAGAGCACCGUGAACGGCGGGAGAGAGAUCGAGAGCGGGAACGGGAAAGAGAGAGGGAACGAGAAAGGGAUUACCGCGACUCGGAGCGGCGGAACCGGGAGAGGGAGCGGGAGGAAGAGCAGAAAGCAAGGGAGCAGAAGACUAGGGACAGAGAGAAGGAGAAGGAGUUGGACGCGAUUAAGGAACAGUAUUUGGGGUCGAAGAAGCCGAAGAAACGGGUGAUUAAGCCGAGUGAGAAGUUUCGUUUCUCGUUUGACUGGGAGAAUACAGAGGACACUUCUCGGGAUAUGAAUAUUCUGUACCAAAACCCUCAUGAGGCUAGAUUGCUGUUUGGCAGGGGUUUUCGGGCUGGGAUGGAUAGGAGGGAGCAGAAGAAGCUUGCUGCCAAGAAUGAGAAGGAGCUGAGGGAAGAAAUUCGGAAAAAGGAGGGUGUAGAGGAGACUCCUGGAGAGGCUGCGGCUCAAAAGUUGAAGGAGCAGGCUGCUGAUUUGUAUGAUACCUUUGAUAUGAGGGUUGAUCGGCAUUGGUCCGAGAAGAAGCUUGAGGAGAUGUCUGAGAGGGAUUGGAGAAUUUUCAGGGAAGAUUUCAACAUCUCGUAUAAAGGUUCCAGAAUCCCUCGACCUAUGAGGAGUUGGACUGAGAGCAAGCUUAGUUCUGAAUUGCUUAAGGCUGUGGAGAGGGCUGGUUACAAGACCCCAUCUCCUAUUCAGAUGGCGGCUAUCCCACUUGGCCUCCAGCAACGUGAUGUUAUUGGUAUUGCUGAGACUGGUUCAGGUAAGACUGCUGCUUUUGUUCUUCCCAUGUUGACUUACAUAACUAGGCUUCCUCCUAUGAGUGAAGAGAACGAGGCCGAGGGGCCAUAUGCAGUUGUUAUGGCGCCAACUCGAGAACUUGCACAGCAAAUUGAGGAUGAGACUGUUAAAUUCGCUCACUACUUGGGUAUUAAAGUUGUUUCUAUAGUGGGGGGUCAGUCCAUAGAAGAACAGGGGUUUAAGGUUAGACAAGGGUGUGAAGUUGUUAUUGCCACUCCUGGGCGUCUUCUGGAUUGUUUAGAGAGGCGGUAUGUUGUUCUUAACCAGUGUAAUUAUGUUGUUCUUGAUGAAGCUGACCGCAUGAUUGAUAUGGGUUUUGAACCCCAAGUUGUGGGGGUGCUAGAGGCUAUGCCUUCGAGUAAUAUGAAACCAGAGAAUGAGGACGAAGAAUUAGAUGACAAGAGGAUCUACAGAACGACAUACAUGUUCAGUGCUACCAUGCCACCUGCUGUAGAGCGGCUUGCUAGGAAGUAUUUGCGAAAUCCUGUAGUCGUGAACAUUGGAACUGCAGGUAAGGCAACAGACCUCAUCACUCAGAAUGUGAUGAUGGUGAAGGAAUCAGAGAAACCAACCAGAUUGCAGAGGUUGCUGGAUGAGCUUGGAGAUAAGACUGCUAUAGUGUUUGUUAACACAAAGAAAAAUGCAGAUACAAUUGCUAAGAAUUUGGACAGGGCAGGGUAUCGUGUUACCACUUUGCAUGGUGGGAAGUCCCAGGAUCAGAGAGAAAUCAGCCUUGAAGGUUUUAGGACCAAGAGAUACAAUGUGUUGGUUGCAACGGAUGUAGUAGGACGUGGGAUUGAUAUACCUGAUGUUGCCCAUGUCAUUAAUUAUGAAAUGCCCAGUAACAUUGAAUCAUACACCCAUCGUAUUGGACGUACAGGUCGUGCUGGGAAGACGGGUGUAGCCACUACAUUUUUAACUCUUAGUGACUCUGAUGUCUUCUAUGAUCUCAAGCAAAUGCUUACUCAAAGCAAUAGUCCUGUGCCUCCAGAACUUGCUAGGCACGAGGCAUCAAAGUUCAAGCCAGGGACCAUUCCUGAUAGACCACCUAGACGGAAUGAUACAGUAUUUGCUCAUUGAGUCUAUUGUCCCCAGAUUAUGUUCUGCUUUGGUGCUCUAGUGAUGUGGGCUCAAAUACUAUGAUUGCUUUACGGGCAAAGCAAAAAUUUUAUCUGGAGAUUGUGCAUUUAAAUUUGAGGAACCAGUUGUGCUUAAAAUGGUUCAUCAGUGUGUGUUGUUGUCUUCACAAUCCAAGCAGUCACCUCAGAGUUUUUGGAUGAAGAGGGUUUUCAAUCAUCCAGCAGUCUUGAUAACGAAUACUGGACUCGUCUUCUUUUUUAGGCGCGACCCAGAUCAAGUUUCUCAGCUUCCAAACUAAUUGCACAGGCUGAGGGUGGGGGAUCUGUCCAACUCCUUGUACCACUAGUCUCAUUUGUGCUCAAACAGAUUCCACUCCAGGACACUUUGAAUUUGUAUUUGCUUUUUGGUUAUAUAUAGGAAGGAAAAUUCUAAAUUAGUCUAUUAUAACUUUUUAGUUUUUUUUUUUU